AUGCGAAAAAAUACAAGAUUAUCUACAGAUUCAGAUAGAAAAAGAAUCGCGUCGAAUCUUUCAAUAAAAUCGAUUAAUUCUACUACAAUUAAUACAACAACAGAUGCAACUCUUCCUCAUUUAGAGUCAAAUUAUUUCAUAAAAAAUAGAGUUAAGAAAGUCACUCAUUAGUUUAGAUUUAAAAGAUCAACUAUAAAAAUGUCAUAACCUAAUAAUAUGCUUGAAAUUCAAACUAUUAAAUAGUCAUCUAAAAUUUUGCUUAAUUCAGUUAUCCUUGAACUUGAUAAAUUAGCAAUAGCAUCAAAACACUAUGCAACUAAAGCUCAAGACAUUCUUAACCUUUCCAUAGAUUUAAUGAAUAUAUUAGGAUCUGAUUACGAUAAAAUAGAAAUCUAUCUGAUAGUUCUUUAAAAUAAAUGUAAGACACAGUGUUUUUCUUUAGGAUUGCUAUUUACUUUUCUUUUAGCAAUAAUUCAAGAAACUUAUGGACACACAAAAGCAGCAUUAUAAUAAUAUAAACACAUGAAUGAUACAGCAAACAAACAUCAAUUAUUCUAAUGUAAAAUGAUGGUGUAUUAUAGAAUUGGAUUGCUAUAAAAUAGAUUGAAAUAAUUUGAAAAAUUGUUAAUAAUAGGCAAGAAAUUAUUAAAGUUAAGUUGGUACUAUUCAGAUCAAGAGUAUGAAUUGAAAGCAUACUAUCUUUUUUCAAAAGGGUAUAAUGGGAUUUAAGAUAUGGAAAUGUCUGUAAUAUUUAUGAAUAGAUAUCUUGAUGGAAUAGUAUAAUAGAAUGACCAUAUAAAAAAUAUAGGUAUAUAAUAAAUUGCAUUGUAUCACAGAAAAACCUAAGAAUAUAGACACUAGAGUCCUUCAUUAGAUGAUUUUAAUCUGGAAAUGUAUAGAUAAAAGAUAGAAAGGAAUUACAUCAAAAUGUAAAUGAUUGGGGGAAAGUUGGCAUUCAAAUUGUAAUCCUCUGAAUGUGAAAUCUGUGCUCAUUAUGGAAAGAAUUUUGAAAAAAUCUAAACUGAAAAUGAACAUCCAUACAAAAAGAAUUUGAUUGUGCAUACUGAUAGUAGGAAUAGAGAUUUAAUUGGAUAUUUUGAUUCAGAUUAAAUCUAAUAAAUGUACAUUCCAUCAAAAACUCUGCCCAUCUUAAAAUAAUUAUUAUUAAAUUUCAUUUCAUAUAUAUGAA